UUAACUUGAUUUGGCAGAAAGACCCUCAAGUUAUGUAAAUGUGACUUUCUUCAUUAAUUAUCAUUAGUGGGUGAUUGCGAUUAAUAAGUGCAUAGUGGGAAGUUCUGACCCAGCCUCAAAGUUUCAAUUAUUACACAUUAAUCACCAUAUAUAGAUAAAAAAAUACAAUUUUUUUCUCCAAAAUCCAUUAUCUCUCAUUCCCACCCUCUUCUUCCUCUUCCUCUUCCUGCACCCAAAUCUGCCAUUGUUAUCCAUUUUAGCUUGUGUUUUUUCUCCAUUUUGCGCAUAGAGCUCCACUCCACUUUUUUCCUUCUUCCUUCUUUCCUCUCAAAACCAUAUUUUUAGCUCCUUAGCAGUCAACUCCAUUUGGCAAGGGAGCUCGAAUUUGUCGUUUUGGGGGUUAAUAUGGCAGUGCAAUAGAUUGGAAAGUACUUCUAAGGGAUAUUUAUUGUCCUCGGAUCAAUUGCUACUCAUUGGACACCACCAGGGGUUGAAGGCCUGGACCAAUGGGUUCAGAAGAUUUUGGAUAUUACUAUGCCAGAUACCCGUCGGUGGAAGGAGUUGGCCCCCAAAUACGGGUGGAAGGCCAAGAACCAUGGACUCCCGCAAGGUUUUGUUACCUGCCCCGAUGUCGAGGUUUUGACUGAUCCUGCAGAGGCUGCGAGGUUGUUGCAAGAGGCUCUUAUUCGGAGUGGUGCCCUCAGAUCUGCCUCCGGUGCAGGUGCUUCCUCUCAGAGUCCCCAGCCAGAGAACAACCAACCAAAAAGGCAGAGUUCUUCAUCGGCUUGGAAUAGAAAUAAGAAAAUAAAGAAGGCCACGCCCGAGCCGGUCACAACCACUAUGGUCAUUGAUGAUGACGGGGAAGCUAAUGAUGAAGAGGAUCCCCUUCAAUGGAGACAACGAUCUUCAUCAGCUCAACAUAAUGCUCAAUCUGGAGAGCUCAGAACCCCAAUCGAGGGCGAGGUCCAAGCGCUCUAGGGAGAAAUAGAUUUAGUAAAGAAUGUCGAUUCUCCCUUUCCGGUCCCAGUUGUUGCUUCCAGUCCUAUGAGGUCGAAUACCUAGCCUCUUCUGCCUUUGGUUGAUGAGCAACCAAUAAUCAGCACUGCCUCUGUCGCAACUACUUCUCAACCCAUAACACCAUCAGCUUCAUCUCCCUCCACACUAGCUGUGCCUUCAUCACCAGAAACUGUUGCAUCUCCUGCACCGGCCGCAGGUGCCCGAGAAGAAGAUGUAUCCCCUCCCAAGUCCCCUGACCAUGGGAAUUUAGGGCACAACUACUCACCCCCUUCUCCAGAUCCCCGAGGGAGGAGGAGCGUCACUCCCUCGGUUUCAAAGAAGUGCCAUCUGCUAUCCAGGCUGGUAGAGCUUGCCAACUAUCUAAAGCCGCUGGCUUCAAAAAAAGAUAAGAAGAAAAUACUCUCUUUCAGGAGAGUGUAUGUUGAAUAAUGCUAUGCAUAAUGCGGCAGCGGUACCAUACUUGUUCUCUCACUGUUUGUUUUUAUUCGUCUGUUAUAACAGGGUUUCUGACUUUG